AUAAUUGGGUAACUUCUACACGUAUAUUAAGAAAAACUUAAGUCUUUGUAAAUAUUAGACUGGGUGCCUAUCUAUCGCACUUGUAAAACCACUAAGCUUGUAUCGCAUACCAGCAAUAGUACCAGUCUAUAUAAAUAUGGUUUGGGACAACACAUUUCCUCUCAAAUAUAUUAUACAAGAUAAAAAUCACAACACGUCAUGCAACCGAUGUUAAUCUGAAUAAUAUCGAAUUUACAUCUGUGUGUUUUAAUACACGUACAUACUAUUAAACUCUUUUUAUUUCAUUGUUGACAAACAAGACGAGUAGAAUUUGUAUUUAAUGUUAUUAGUUCUUUUGCCAAUAGUCCGCAUUCGGUAUUCAUUCGGCACAACUCGGAAUACACCAUUUUCCAGUGAAACUCCACACCAACGCGUGCUUCUCGUAGCGAUAUUAGCAGUAGCUAAUAGCUAAUAUCGUGGUCUGGAGCUUACGACCUACUCCGACUAAAAUAAUUACGAGCAGCUCCGAAUGUGUUGUUUUCAUUGCCGACAAAAUGGCUACCAAGAGAGCUUUUAUGGAAGCAGUGUCGAUGUUACAUAUCGACUCUAAUAAUUAAUAGAGCAAUUAUCAACUCAGAAUGGGUUCUGGGACGAGCACCCAGGUUAAAACUAUCCACCGUGAUUCAGAAAAUGGUUACAAUGAGACAGAAAGAACUGCAUGCAAACAGUUCCCGGCGACACCUACAGGAAGAAGUGACUUGAAAACUGAAAAUGGAACAAAUGAAACCUUUCUACUGGACGCAAAGUCCAAGAUCAAAGAUCUUGAAACACAGCUGGCAGAGAGUGAGAGUCAACAGCUGGACCUCCAGGACCGGAUACAGCUGCUGGAGGAGAGGCUGGCCGAGCAGCUGCAGGAGGCUGGUGGUGGAGAGGAGGUGUAUACAGAGACACUGCAGGCCAAGGAUCAGUACAUCUCCAAGCUGGAGCUGGAGCUUCAGGCCUUACAGCAGGAGAACAGCAAGAUGAAAAUCAAGCACAAAAAGAAGAUGAAGUCGUUGAACUCACAGGUGACGGAGACGAGGCAGGAGAUGUCGAUACAGACAUUUGAGCUGAGGGAGGAGAUCAGUAAACUCAAGGAGGAGAACAACGCACUCAAGAACAAACUUGAUGCCCCCUCGUCAACUUCUGGCGACACAGCUGUAGGGCUGACAGGUGAAAUAAGCAGCCGUAUGACCUUGAUCCUGGACCUGUCACAGCAGCUGUCGGAGCAGGAAGACAAGAUAAAGAAACUUGAGGAAAGUGUGCAAGAAAAGAAUAAGACAAUAAAAAAGUUUCGAAAUGCUCAGUCAUCAAAUGUUGACAAAUCUUCAAAACUUAAAGAAGAUGUGCUGGUGUCAAUGUCUUGGGAUGAAAAUACAGAGGUUCCGAAUGGUUCUGAGUUUAUGACAUCAGGUUGGCAUUGUGUAGACACUAAUACAAGGAUUCCAUUAACCAAACUGAAGACUGGUUCUCUGGCUCCUGUAGAAGAAUGUAACAGUGAAAAUGACAGGAAUGACUUUAGCACAAGUAGGGACUCAGGGAUUGGAUCUGCCGGAAAGACAAAAUCGGUAAAUGAUUCUGAGAAUUUAAAGUCGAAAAGAAUCAGCUCUGCAUCUAGUUUGUUGUCCGGACUGUGCUAUGACUCUGACUCUGACUGGGGGUCUGAUUCCACCACAGCACCACCCUACAAAGUUCAGAGUGCUCCACCAGGGAAACGAUCUCCCCAUCUGCUACCCCCUCGUCCUAGAGGAGAUUCAGGGGGAGAUAACUGGAGCAUUGACUCAAGAAGUGGAACACCAAAGAGUAAAUCAAAGAAGAAAUCUGUUCUCAGAUCCAAAGCUGAUGCAAAACAUGUUCAUGAUACCCCUGGACAAAGACCUGAAUUGCUGGGACCAACCCUCGCCUUUACUGAGAAAACCACAGUAGAUUCAUACUGAUUUUCAAACCCAGUUGCAGAAUUUCUCAGUGACAUUGGGUGUUGAAUGUGUUGGCUUGUAAAGACCUGAGAUAGACAACAGAACUUUCUGUAAAUGACUGAUUGGUGUGAAACCAUAUACUAGUACUCACCUAUUUUGAUAAAACUAAAACCCAAUAAAGUUCAAGUGUUAUGUGUGGGUUUAUGAAAAUAAUUACAAACAUUAAGGAUAUGUUUUGGAAGAUCAGUUACUUUCAUGUCGUUGUUGUCUUUUACGGAAAAACAAAUGAUGUAUUUCAGAACAGAUAUUGUAACAGCAGGGUAAGCCUUUGAUAGACAGUUAGAUUUUACAAGAACAUGAAGACCAUGAUGAGACUUUAAUGGAUAGAACAUUUCUGUUGUUUGUAAUGACAUUUCACUGUUGUCAGGGCAACUUCCUGCCCCUUCAUCAUCUGUUUCCUGUCUUUAUUAGUUGGUGUGUAACUGGACUUUGUUUGCCACUGUAGUCUAUAUGCAGUGUUUGUUGAAUGGUUUCUAGUUGGUUGCCUUGGUUACAUAUAUACCACUUGCAUAUGUUAAACAAUACACUUACAU